GUUAUGUCCCGUCCUCUUUGAUUUUUCGAUUUGGAUAAGCUACCGAAGCUAACAGUUAUGUUUUGACAGCUCAGCCCCUCAGUCUGUACUGUUAGGCUAGUCGGCUAACGUUGGCUAACACCAUCUAUUUAACAGUAACACAAUCAGCAUAUGCUAGGGGAGGCAGCUUUCUGGCUAAUGCUGCUUCACCAGCUAAUGGUCAUUUUUAGUGUUUUUACUGAACUAACGUCAAAGCAACAGCUUAUCCGUGACAGUUAUGAUAACGUUACAUUCAUGUUAAUGUAAUGUAAGAUUGUAAAUGCCUAUAAAGUUAGCCAAGGUUUUAGGACAAUAUAGCUAAAUCAGCACAAUUAAGUUCCCUCGGCACACGGAAGGCAACCAGAGAUGACAUUUCACAAGACAGACUUAAUGUUUAACAGCAUAGCCAUUUCUCAGUAGCAUGGAUAAAGCCAUCUUAUUACCGGCUAGCACGAAUGGCUAACGUUAUGUGCUACAUUCAUGCUAAAGUUUUACCUGCAUUGUCAGUCAAUUUGGGACUGAAAGCAGUGAUUACAGUCCUGUUUUGAAUAACGUUAUUGCAGAUGGAACUGUUCCUUUGUUUACAUUUGGAUCACAGGUUGUCCCUGUAAGGUCUUUCAAACGUGCAUCGCUUGCUGCAGUCUACAGCUGUGUAGCUGCUUAAUUUGAAGUGGGAAUAACUGGUAAACUUUAACUUAACACAUUUAAAUGAAGUGAUGCUAAAACCCUGUAUAGCAGAGGUGUCAGACCCCAGACCUUGAGGUUCCUGGCAUCCUGCAGGUUUUUGUUCCUGCCAGUCCUGACUGUCCUGACAGUUAAUAAGCCACUCUUGAUUUGAGUGUUACAGACACCAGGUAUGGAGUAAUUGUCAGGUUGCAACAAAACCUGCGGGAUAUCAGCCUUUGAGGACUUGAAGAAGUACCCAGGCUAGAGCUUUUUGAUGAUUUGGGUUGUUAGCGUGCAUUUUUACUUUUCCUAGUUAAACCUGAUAAUAAACAUGAUCUCAUGUUCUGCUAAGCAUAAAUUGCCGCCUACAAGUUAAUAUCAUGAGGACUAGUCAUUAAUAGAAGUGGGUAUUUUUCCAUCAUGCACAAACAGUGGUACUAGGCUACCUUUUUAUCAUUUGGCAACCAUUUAUUACAUUAAUGCUAGGUGUUUGCUAAGUAAGACAGCAGUUUACCUAUGGCAGGAAGUCACGUUCCUGUCAAAAAGCUACACCUCCCAUUAAUAAGCUUUACCUUAACUCUCCAUGCCAUGAGCUUAACUCUGAAAAUUUUCCUGUAGGAGCUCAGCGUAGGUCAUGCAUGCAGCCAGGCCUCUAGCCUGCUCUUUGUACACCCCCAGCCCCUGAGCCAGUGUGCUUCUAGUAGGUGGAGGCUCUUCCUCCCUCUAACCUCUGUUUCUCCCCACUGCCCCCAUCAGCCCCAGCGUUCCCUAUGUUAACCCUCUUGAGCAUGUUUUACUAUAUCUGUCUGCGGCGACGCUCCAGGAGUGGGACUCGAGGCGAGGCUCUGACCAGUCGGCGGGCUGUGGAGUCUGGCCAGCGGGCAGUGUUGCCGGUCAGUGCGGAGGUGGAGCAGUAUGCCAAGGAGGUUCUGGACUUCAGCUCCCACUAUGGCAGUGAGAAUAGCAUGUCCUACACCAUGUGGAACCUGGCUGGGGUACCCAACGUCUACCCCAGCUCAGGGGACUUCACCCAGACGGCUGUAUUCAGAGCAUAUGGGACGUGGUGGGAACAAUGUGCCAGUGCACCACAACCUUUCCGCCGCACCCCUAAAGGCUUCUACAGCCAGGAUUAUAUUGAGCUUGGCUUCGAGGAGCCUGUCUACCCCACAGCCGUGGAUGUGCUUGAGACUUAUUACCCUGGAGCCAUCGUCCAGAUUCUGGCCUGCUCUCACAACCCCUUCUCCCAGAACCCACCAACUGAUGUCAGGUGGGAGGUGCUGUGGUCAGGGGAGCCCACCAAGGUGCUGACACCCCAGGCACGCCAGUUUUCCCCUAACAUCAAGCAUAUCAACUUCCCCACCAACCUGCUGCGUCUGGAGGUCAACAGCUCUCUGCUGGACUACUACACCGAGCUGGACGCUGUUAUCCUGCGUGGGGUAAAAGAGAGGCCCAUGCUGGCCCUCUAUAAGAUGCCUGUCAUCGACAUUAGUGACCUGAGUGACAGCGAGGAGGAGCUGUCUGAUGUGGGAGGUCCAUUCAGACAAGGAGCAGACGGCAAGCACCAGAGGACAGGCAAUGGCUACUUUGACAAACUGCCCUAUGAGCUCAUCCAGCUGAUACUGAGCCACCUGACCCUGCCAGACCUCAGCCGUCUGGCCCAGAGCUGUAAGCUGCUGCACCAGCACUGCUGCGACCCGCUGCAGUACACCCAGCUGAGUCUGCAGCCCUACUGGGGCCGGCUGAGUGACGCCUCCCUGGGACACCUGCAGAGCCGCUGCACCCUCCUCCAGAGGCUCAACCUGUCCUGGACCGGCAACCGCGGAGCUCUCACCCUGACUGGCUUCAGCAGCUUCAUGAAGGCCUGUGGUCUCAGCCUGGUCUGCCUGGAGCUGUCAUGCUGCCACUUCCUGAAUGAGGCUUGUCUGGAGGUCAUCUCUCAGACUUGUUCUGGGCUGCAGGAGCUCAACCUGUCCUCCUGUGACCGCCUCCACCCGCAGGCCUUCGCACACAUCUCCAAACUAACACGCCUCCGCAGGCUGGUGCUCUACCGGACCAAGAUAGAGCAAACAGCUAUUCUGAGCAUCCUGACUUUCUGCAUAGAGCUGAGACACCUCAACCUGGGGAGCUGUGUGAGGAUUGAGGACUAUGAUGUUGUGGCCAGCAUGCUGGCUGCUCGCUGUCGCUCACUCUGCUCACUGGACCUGUGGCGCUGCAGAAACCUGACUGAUCGAGGCCUGGCCGAGCUUGUUUCUGGCUGCAGGAUGCUUGAGGAGUUGGACCUGGGCUGGUGUCCCACACUGCAGAGCAGUACCGGAUGUUUCCAGCACCUCGCCCGCAACCUGCCCCGCUUGCGCAAACUCUUCCUCACCGCCAACCGCACCGUCUGCGACUCAGACGUCGAGGAGCUGGCCACCGGCUGCCCCUCACUGCAGCACCUCGACAUACUGGGUACACGGUUGGUGAGUGGUGCCUCGCUGAAGAAACUCCUCCAGUCUUGUCCAAAACUUCUCCUCCUGGACGUCUCCUUCUGCUCGCAGAUAGACACGCGGGUCGUCCAAGAGCUCUCGGGCCUCUUCCCCAAUGUGGCCAUCAAGAAGAGCUUCACUCAGUGACCCCAGGGCCGUCUCAUUUUCCACAGUCCAGAGGAAGUAAGAGGAGGGAAGUGCUUUCCAGCAGACACUGCCCCAAAGUAAAUAAGAGGCAGGUCAGAUGCUGUCUGUAUCACAGACAGGAUAUUCUGUUAGCGGUUAGUAAAUAAAGCAGUUGUACUGGGUGGAUUAAACGACUACAGACUCCUAGUCACAGGAUUAUAGAACGUGAGACUUUUUUGUUGUUUUUUGUUUGGACACUUGAAAUCAGGGUCGUUGCAGUAAAGCUGCUACAUCUUCCCAGAAUAUGAAUCACCACUUGUGUAUUGCCAAGCAACACAAGACGAGGAAAUAUGCCUUGGUACUGGAUGCAAAACACAAAACAAAGCAACGUUUGUGAGCAAUCCUCCCUUGAACAUCUUGUUAAGACAACGAAAAGGGACAAAAAAAAGUGUGAAACAUACCCUUAUUGGAAACUGUGAGAAUAACUACAGUAAGAUUUGAUAGUCACAUACUCAUGUUAGCUGGUAACAUAAUUAAAGAUCAGGGCGUUGGUCAGUGCCUUGUCAGAAUGUGCAGAAAUCAUGGGCUGUUUUAAUGUAUGAGGGUCAUUCUGAAGGCAUCUGUCAACAUCAAGCCAGUUUGAUUUAAUUCUAAGAAAAUAUACUUGAUACUACUGUGUUUGAAGGUGUUAGGAGCUUUAAAGGUGAAAAGAAAGGAGUGAAUGCAGCCUUAUUUCAUACAGUGUCAAGUCAAACCUUAAUGCAAGUAUCACAAGCUAAUUUGUGUUGCUGCAUACCGAGUGCAGAAUCAUACACUAGGAUCUCAUGUAGAAGAGAAACACACCAUCAACUGUCCUUGCACCUGAGGUUCACUGACAUGUUUUCAUCAAAAAAAUGUGAGAACUUGUGAAAAAGCAGACUAGAACAACAUUUAUUUUAAUUUACACAUGCGCUAUAAAUGCAGAAGAAAGACAGAAUGACUCAUUUGAAAUAAACAGAGAAGUAACACAGUUCAACAGUCCAAAACAAUUUAAAAUUAUGUAAAACCAAGAAAAGCAGCAAAUCCUCACAUUGGAGAAGCUGAAACCAGGGACCAGGGGGGAAAAAAUGACUGAAACAAUUAGUAAACUAUCCAAAGUUUACAAUUAAUUUUCAUAAUAAUUUAAAAUGUUUCGAUAGCAUAAUAUGGAGAAGUCUCCAGCCAAGAUAACUGUGCUCCUGUUAAUGUUUCACCACAUUCACCCUACAGAUGGAUAUGAUAGUGAUAUAUUCAUUCGAAAAGAGCUUUAAAUGAGAUCGUGGCAUGGUAGGUGCCUUCGUUAAAACCUACGUUAAACUGAGACUUUUGUUGGAUUAGAUCUGUAGAGGAAAAACACCAGAUCUAACGUGCCUGAUCCCGGUCUAUUUCUGUUUGAAUCUGCCCUCUAAAUUCAACAGGGUGUUUUUGUAGUUUUUUUUGUUAUGUAAGAGACUUUUCAACACUUCAAAAAUCAAAAAUUCAUGUCAUGUUUUGAAGUCAGCCAGACCAGUGUAAUGGUAAUUAGAUUAGAGGUCAUACAGGUCAUUCUUUUCGUUAGUAAUUGUUUUGACAAUUUGAUUUUAAGGAAAUGACUUUUGUCCCCAAAGCUAAAUGUUUAAAAAACAUUUAAAAGUUUGAAAGUCACCGGUUCCACAAUGCUUUCCUGAUGUUGUAUGCUUUUCCUGUUGUCAUUCACACUGAGCUCUCUGUCACUGCUGUUUGACUACAGCCACCUACUUAUGUACUUACCUAUGUAAAAUGAUGGGAAGGAGUACUGUGGAUUAAGUUGAGGGUAGUAUGUUAAAAUGACACAGUGUAAAUACUCUGUGACCUCAGUAUUUGUCCUGAAACUCAGGGGUUUUAAUAUUUCAUCUAUUUUUUUUUUGUUUUUACACAUAUUUUGCUCCAGAAACCAGCACAGCAGACAUCUUUACAGACAGUAACACCAGACUGAGUCAGCUUUGAGGUGACCUGCCUUCAGUGUUGCUCUUAAACAACAAACACACAUGACAGAUAAUCCAUCAGCACUGAAGUAACUGAGACAGAGAAAAAAAUAGAGUGUAUUGGGUGUGGAAUGUUGCAGUAAUUGUACGAUUGUGAAAAAUAUACUUGUGUUUGUAAUUAUUUUCUGCCAAUGUGGCAGAAGUGCUUGAAAAGCAUUUCUUUUUUGAAAAAACUUGAAGUUUUCUUUAAAGCACAUGCUACUGGUCAAUAUUUGUGCCUUAUACUCCUGUUUGAAUGUGGUGUGAUGUCCAUGUGGUAUAGAUUGUAGUGAUGUGCUUUGCUUUUAUGCCAUUCAACCAAAGUAAUACGCAGUCACCUGGUCUUUAAUCCCACAACUAUAUUUGACCAGUUUAUAUGCCAUAUACUGUAUAUCAGCCUUGGUAAUUAAUAUGCAAAAUAAUAUUUAUUUAUACUUCCCUAUGUGAUAAAAAUGUUAUUUAACUAAUUAUCCUUUAUAUAUAAACAGUAUUAUACAUUUUGGGCAAUACAGUGUUUUGUUUUCUUACCCAGAGUCAAAUGAGAGGCAUGGUAAUUAAUUCAUUGCAUUCGGUACGUGUCUAACCUAGCUUAGCACAAAGAGUGGAAGUAUGUCUUUAGCCUAGCUUAGCACAAAGAAAAGAAGCAGGGAGAAAUUGUUAGCUAGCUCUGUCAACAGUAGAAAAAAUAUAUUUCCCAGCAAGUCCAAAGCUGUGUUAUUUACAUGUUGUAUCUUGUUUGUUGAACACAUGUUGGAAUAAAAUGUAAAAGCAAGAUAUUGUAGUUUUUAAAGGCAGUUACUUGAAAAAAACACCACCUGCGGCAGUGACUGCAUGUAACAUCGCAGAAGUCCUUUCUUGUACUGGGGUUACCAGGAAGAAUGUGCACAGAACUCUGCUUGGAACAACACUAUGUUAGUGACUAGCUUGCUAUUGUAACUAGAAAGAUUCGCUGUGUAAAUAAGUGAGUUUUUAAGCUGUUGGAAGCAUAUUUGUUUUCACUUUUGACGGUGCAGUGCAAGCUAGUGCUGUAGCUACCAAUGAGGACACUGAAUCAUGUGUUCAGUAUUUUUUCUGCGAAUUUUGGGAUUUUAAAAACUGAGAAUGAUUAUAUGUUCUAGUCAAAUUACACAUAGUGGGAUUUUAAAUUCUGAUUAUGAUAUUAUUUAGAGUUAAUAUCAUUGGGCUGAAAAAUAUAUAUUUUUUAAGUUAAAUCAAUAUUGAGGAAUUUAGUGUUUCUUGCCAUAAUUAAGGUUUUAGAUCACAGAACGAUAACAUUUACAGAAAAUAUAGCUAUUAAAUUAAGAAAUACUGUAUGACGUGAGUUUUUUGGUGGGGUAGGGCAUUUGGGGAAUUUGAACUCAUGAAUCUGUAUUCCUAAAAUACUGGCUAGCUACGGUCUUGAUGCUAGCAGUUUCCCUGCUUCCAGUCUUUGUGCUAAGCUAGGCUAAACACACUCGAUCAUUGUACUGGAAUGCCCAGAAUUCAAAUAAAUAACAACCCUCUAAUCUAAUUAUGGGUUUGAUGGGAAAAACCCAAAAUGCUGGAUUGUCCCAUUAAAAUUGCCUUUAUGUUGAAGUUGACAUAUUUUCAGUUUGUUUUCAGUCUGAGUUGUGUUUUAAACCGAGUGGUAACAGCAUGACACACCAGCCCUCCCAUUCAGAUGGUGCAAAUGUUACUUCAGUGAGUGGAAAUCAGGUAGUUGAAGCUGAAAGCAGUCUUAUUCUAGCUGGUUGACCCGAAGCCAAGAAGUGCAUACAUCACAUUUGCCUGGCCCACCCAAAACCAGGCAGUAAUUUCAAGUAUAUUUUGAGAUUAUUACUUCUACAAUGAAAACACUGACAAUGUAUAGCGUGUACAGCAACUAUCAGCAACAGCAUUUAUUUGUUAAGAUGGACUAUUUAUGAACACCAUUCUCAGAUGGUCGUUGUUUUACCAAUGAAGCAGUUUGGUUCAACACCUUUCAAUAUUUGUGUUGUUUUAGCUCCCUACCUUGAGUGACUGGGAUGGCCCUGCUUUUCUGUAAUGGUAAUGCAUUCUCUCUUCUCCCACUCUGGAUGCGUGAUCAACCUUUGUGCCAUUGGUAGGACAUGCAGUGAUGCUCCCUGUGCUGCAGUGUGAAAGCCACUGCCGUGUGAAAAGAUUGUACCUCCGUCAUGAUGAAACUAGGUGCUUCACUUUCACCAGAUUUUAAAUAAAGUGGAGGCUGACGACA